CCGCCCCCGCAGGCGCGGUCAGCUCCCGAGCCCCGAACGUCCAUAUCCGGGUUCCCUCCGCCGCCGCCGCCGCCGCCUCGCUCUUCCAGCCCUGUCAGGAGUGGUGUGAUUCCCGACCAAGAUGGCGGCCGUGGGGCGAGUCGGCUCGUUCGGUUCAUCUCCACCCGGGCUCGCCUCGACUUACGCCAGUGGACCCCUAGCCAACGAGCUUGCCUCGGGUGGCGGCGGCCCCGCGGCGGGCGACGACGAGGACGGGCAGAACCUUUGGUCCUGCAUCCUCAGCGAAGUCUCCACGCGCUCGCGCUCCAAGCUCCCGACCGGGAAGAACGUGCUGCUGCUGGGUGAAGACGGAGCUGGGAAAACAAGCCUCAUAAGAAGAAUUCAGGGCAUAGAAGAAUACAAGAAGGGAAGAGGACUGGAGUAUCUGUACUUAAAUGUGCAUGACGAAGACAGGGACGAUCAAACAAGAUGUAAUGUAUGGAUCUUAGAUGGAGAUCUAUACCACAAAGGGCUACUCAAGUUCUCUCUGGAUGCCCUUUCUCUGAGGGACACUCUGGUCAUGUUGGUUGUUGAUAUGUCAAAGCCUUGGACUGCUUUGGAUUCCUUACAGAAAUGGGCAAGUGUGGUGAGAGAACACGUUGACAAGCUGAAAAUCCCCCCUGAAGAGAUGAAGGAAAUGGAGCAGAAGUUGAUUAGAGACUUCCAAGAGUAUGUAGAGCCAGGAGAAGACUUCCCAGCCUCCCCUCAGCGACGAGCCACGGGUGCACAGGAGGACCGAGAUGACAGUGUUGUCCUGCCCCUGGGUGCGGACACACUCACACACAACCUGGGCCUCCCAGUGCUCGUAGUCUGCACAAAGUGUGAUGCCAUUAGUGUAUUGGAGAAAGAACAUGACUACAGAGAUGAACACUUCGAUUUUAUCCAGUCACACAUCCGCAAGUUCUGUUUACAGUAUGGUGCAGCGCUGAUUUACACUUCAGUAAAAGAGAACAAGAACAUAGACUUAGUUUAUAAAUACAUCGUCCAGAAGCUGUACGGGUUCCCCUACAAGAUCCCUGCGGUGGUGGUGGAAAAGGAUGCAGUGUUUAUUCCAGCAGGGUGGGAUAAUGAUAAGAAAAUAGGAAUAUUACAUGAAAAUUUUCAGACUUUGAAAGUAGAAGAUAAUUUUGAAGACAUCAUAACCAAACCUCCUGUCCGAAAGUUUGUGCAUGAGAAGGAGAUCAUGGCGGAAGAUGACCAAGUGUUUCUUAUGAAGCUACAGUCUCUUUUAGCAAAACAACCUCCAACUGCAGCUGGAAGGCCUGUGGAUGCAUCACCAAGAGUCCCUGGAGGUUCCCCUCGAACACCAAACAGAUCUGUGUCAUCUAAUGUUGCCAGCGUGUCCCCCAUCCCUGCUGGAUCCAAAAAGAUUGAUCCAAACAUGAAAGCUGGAGCGACCAGUGAAGGGGUCCUGGCGAAUUUCUUCAACAGUCUGUUGAGUAAGAAGACUGGCUCUCCUGGAGGCCCUGGGGUCGGUGGCUCUCCUGGAGGAGGGGCUGCAGGUGCAAGCACCAGUUUGCCGCCAUCUGCCAAAAAGUCAGGCCAGAAACCUGUGCUCUCAGAUGUUCACGCAGAGCUAGACAGAAUCACACGGAAACCUGCUUCCGUUUCUCCUACAACACCUACAUCUCCUACGGAAGGAGAAGCCUCCUGAAGAUACCAAACAAAGCCAUUUGUUCAUUCUUCUGGAUACCAUGUUUUUCUGAAGAAGACUGAUCAGUUGUCAGAUUUCGCACACCAACCAACAGUUGUGUAGUGACACCUGAAGUGUGCUGAGAAACUCCCACAGUCUCGCACUCCGUGAUCCUAUCUGCCGCCAUCAAAUGGACCAGAACCAUUGGCCAAGAUGUUCCUUUAAUCAAGAAAAAGAAAGCACACCGCCUGGGGGUGAGAGAUGCAGAGGUUAUGAACACAGAAAAGAGAACCGGCUUUGCAGUUGUCUAUACAUACAUAUAUAUAUAUGUAUAUGUAUAUAUAUAUGGCUCUGCCUUAAUAUACUCCUUUUUUGUUCAUGACUUUCAACUGUAAUCAGUUAAUAAAGUAUUUAUUCUCUGCAUUCAGGGUCAAA